AUGAUAAAGAGCAGCGAUUACCCGUUACAAACCUCGGCCAUACUGGACUCAGGUACUACAAUACAUAUCUUCAACAGUGCCAAAAGGUUCAAGAAACUAGGGAUCGCAACAGCAGGGGAUGGCGUCUUUGCAGGGUCAAGAUGGCUACCAAUCCUAGGAUAUGGGGAAGUACAACUAGAAGUAUGCAACCUGGAAAAUGAGCCUCAAAAGCUCGUUUUGAAGGGCGUUGCAUACUGUCCAGAAAUGGGCACUAACCUUAUAUCCCUGAGGAGGUUACGCCAAAUUGGGUACUGGUGGGACCAGCGCAAUAACUCAGAUGUGAUCAGACACAUAGGUGGUCAGGCACUAUGCAAAUUAAUGCUUAAACACGACCAAUAUGUAAUGAGUUACAUUCCCAAAACCGGGAAACAAGCCGCGUUUCCAACUAGGCACCUGCAAUACAACUCAUGGACUGCGAAAAAGCCAAACAACGCAAGGGCCAUGACAUGGCAUCGCCGAUUAGGACACCCAGGCCCUCGAAGUCUUGAACACCUUGUGAAUCAUACCAUAGGAGCGAGAAUCAAGGGACCGUCUACAAUCGAAUGUGACGUAUGCGGAUUGGGAAAGAUGAAGAGGCAAGAGAGACGCGAACCUCGGAUACGAAACUCGAAUCCAGGAGAGAGAGUCUCAAUUGACUUUCACGACUAUCCUCCAGGAUUACACCAGUACUCGUCAUGCGGAAUAAUUACAGAUCGUCAAUCAGGUCUCUGUUGGGACUAUUAUUUCACCAAUCGAUAUGAUGAGAACCUUCUGUCAAUGCUAAAACACUUUACCCAGAUGCUUGAAACAAUGUACAACAUCAAACUACGAAUCAUCGAAACAGAUAACGAGCUGCGAAAAGGCGGAUUGACCCGCGCAUGGCUCGAAAACAAGGGUAUCCAAGUGGAAGAAAGUGCACCACGCACACAACAACAGAACGGCUCUGGCGAGCGUUCUGGGGGGGUAGUGAAAGAAAAAGUGCGGUUACUCAUUAUCGACAGCAAAUUACCCUCUGGCCUAUGGCCUGAAAUUAUGCGCACCGCAGUCUAUCUCCUGAAUCGAACCCCAAAACAAGGACUUCAAUGGAAGACUCCGUACGAAAGCUUCUUUUCUGCGAUUCAAAGCUCGCAAAACUACAUCCAACCUCGUAUUGGGCAUAUGAAAAUGAUUGGAUGCAAAGCCUUUGCGAUGACAAAGUCAGCUCAGCAGAAGGAUAAACGCCUACAAUCAAGAACAAACCCAAAAGCGUGGAUCGGAUACCUUGUGGGAUAUAACUCACAAAACAUCUUUCGGAUCUGGAACCCCCUGACUAAUAAGAUAUAUAUCACUAGAGAUGCUAUCUUUAAUGAGGAAGAAUUCUUCAGCGCUAACGAGUUACAGGUGACAGAAACGAUCGGGGAAGAAACCCUAGAAGAAUUACAAGUGAGAUUGCAAUCACUUAUGAACACUGAGCAAAUCGAUCAGGUCUUGGAACCUGUUCAGGGCCCAGACGAGCUUGAAAGCCAAGAAUCGACUCUCGAAAAUCUGAUUGACGACUUGCCUACAGAAGAGGCAGAGCCAACAGAGGAUCAAGAAGACGAUGGUACAAAGUACACUCAAGCUCGAUUCGAGCUCUUACCUACUCCUCCAGAAAGCCCAUUUUCAAGCUUCUUAGCACAAAUUGGAAUACAGUCACCUGCAAGAAAAGAAGGACUUGACGUGGACCUGAAAAUCCUCAAUCAAGCCUUCAACGCCGGAACAAUGGCUGUACCAAUUGCAAAGCAAGAAGGAAAGCUGAUAACAAAGGCAACGAGGAGCAGAUACAUCCGCGGAAGACUGAAGCCCAGAUGGGAAGCGCAAAAGAGCCAUAUGAACCUCGUUCCAGACAAGGAGAGACUCCAUCGGAGGAAUCUGCCACCGGCUCCAAGCUCUUUUGGAAGUCUCACCGGUCACCGGUUCGAGGAGGAGUUCAAACAAGCGCAAAAGGACCAUCUGGAGAGUCAUAAGCAGAUGCGAUCAUGGUCAGAGAUUUCGAGGCUUGAUCCCCGAAUUGGAGACUCGCAAGUACUUGACUGUAUGUGGGUCUUCACAUAUAAGUUUGACAAACAUGGGUACCUGCGAAAAUGCAAGGCAAGGCUUGUAGUUCGAGGAGACCAACAGUAUAAGUCAAGCACAGAUGAUACAUAUGCUGCUACCCUUGCUGGAAAGUCAUUCAGGACGCUUAUAGCAAUUGCUGCAAAAUAUGACCUAGAGCUCCUGCAGUACGAUGCAGUGAAUGCGUUUGUAAAUGCAAAACUGCAAAGCAAUGUAUUCAUGAAGCUGCCACCCGGUUACCGGAGUGGUGAGAAACAGGAUCGAAUACUGCUCCUACACAAAGCACUUUACGGUCUGCGCAUCGCACCUCUUUUGUGGCAAAUGGACCUCGGAGAUACCCUCGAGGCUCAAGGCUGGAAUCAAGUCCCAAAUGAACCAUGUUGCUAUCGGAAGGAGAAUAUCCUUAUGUUCUUCUACGUAGACGACAUAGUAUUUGCAUAUAAGAGAGAAGAUGAGAAGAGUGCCUCUCAGGCUAUUGAGCAACUCCAACGAAAGUAUACACUUACUGGAGGAAAAGAGCUUCAAUGGUUCCUUGGAAUGGAAAUCAUUCGAGAUCGAAGCUCAAGGCACAUCUGGGUAACUCAAAUCUCAUACGUGGAAAAGAUAUGCGAACAGAGCACUUCAAAAACGCCAAACGCGUCUCCAAUGUCAAAAGAAGAACUCCUCCCUAAUGAAGGCACCGCCAGCUACAAGACAACUGCCUGGUAUCGAAGGGCCAUAGGGUCACUGCUCUACGCCAGUGUAAUUACUCGGCCGGACAUCGCAUUUGCAGUAUCAAGACUGGCACGUUUUAUGACCAACCCAAGCGAAAAACAUGUGGAGGCGGUGAAUCGAGUUUUCAAUUACCUAAACGACACUCGUUUCUAUGCAUUGGAGUUUGGUCCCGGAGAGGGGUUCGACGUUCACAGUGACGCAUCUUUUGCAGACAAUUCCCUAGACCGCAAAAGCUCUCAAGGCUAUGCAAUGAAACUCUUCGGAGGUCUAAUAGGAUGGCGAGCCAAUAAACAAGACACUGUAACGACAUCAACAACUGAAGCGGAGCUAUUGGCACUCUCACAAGCAGCAAAGGAAGGUCUAUUUCAGAAAAGGCUCCUCCAAGGACUACAACUCGAGCUGCCAAUUGACCAAAUGCACCUCGUCCUCUGCUCAAAAACUCGACAGAUCGAUCUCCAACUGUUUUGUGACAAUAAACAAACGAUCGGCCUCUUGAAGAAUCCACUACAAAAAUUAAAGACGAAACUGAAGCAUGUGGAUGUACACAACCAUUGGCUGCGCGAACAACUAAAACAAAAGACCCUAUCUCUUCAGUAUAAACAAAGUUCAGAAUUGAUUGCAGACGGGAUGACCAAAGCACUCCAGGGCCACUCACAAAAGGAAAGCUGCAAGCAAUUUGGACUUGUGAAUAUUGAAGAGAAAAUCCGAAUGAGGAGAGAAAAGGUUACUGCGGAAAGAACGAUUGAGGAAAUCCUAGAGGAGUUGAAAAUUUAG